CCCGAGUCUUGCUGAGCAGCUGUAAACACUAUUGUAACUAUGGCAUCAGUGGCGUCGAUAAUGAAAGUUUGGAAGAACUAGCUGAACGACCAGAACCACUUUCACAAGCACGACUUGAGCAGGACGUUUCACAGAGAUGUUCAUCAUGAGAGAGCAGGUGGAUGUGAUUCAUGCUGGAGAACAGCAGAUGCUGCAGACACCAGUGAAGAUUGAAGUGAAGCAGGAGAUAAAAGAAGAAAUCACAACAGAGGAACAACUCAGUGAUGAUGAUGAUGAUGAUGAACAGCAGAUGCUGCAGACACCAGUGAAGAUUGAAGUGAAGCAGGAAGAGAUAAAAGAAGAAAAUACAACAGAAGAACAACAGACUGAUGAAGAUGAUGAUGAUGAACAGCAGCUGCUGCAGACACCAGUGAAGCAGGAAGAGAUAAAAGAAGAAAAUACAACAGAAGAACAACAGACUGAUGAUGAUGAUGAUGAACAGCAGAUGCUGCAGACACCAGUGAAGAUGUGUUCAGUGAAGCUGCUGGACUGCAGGAACCUGAUGAAGAUGAGAGGAGAAACCACAGCUGUGGUACAACAGCGUGAUGAUGAAACCACAGCAGAGGAACAACAGAGUGAUGAUGAUGAAGAUGAUUUUAUGCCUUCAGAGCUGAUGGAAGUAAGAGAAGAACACGAAGAGCUGAAGGAACUGGAGGAGGAACAGCAUGAUUUCAUAACGGGAGGAAAAUCUUUAAGUGGCUCAAAGACAGAAGACAAUUUCUCACCUAAAAAUCCUCAAAAAACAGCCAAGAAAUCUUUCACCUGCUCUCAGUGUGGAACAUGUUUCACAUGUAAAAACAAACUUAAUAUACACAUGAGAGUUCAUACUGGAGAGAAACCUUACACAUGCCAUCAGUGUGGAAAAGGUUUUGCAUAUGCAACCAGUUUCAAGAGUCAUCACAUUUGUCACUCUGAAGAAAAGUCAUUUGAAUGUGAUAAGUGUGGUAAAACAUUUUUUCUGGCACAGUACCUAAAAACACAUCUGAAAACUCACAGAAAUGAGAAGCCUUACAAGUGUUCAUUUUGUGAAAAGUGUUUUGCACAUGUGUCCUAUUUGAAAAAGCACCAGAAAAUACAUACCGGUGUGGCGGCUCAUGUGUGCUUUGAAUGUGGGAAGACCUUUAUUACAUCCGGCAACUUGAAACGGCACAAAAUAUUUCAUACUGGAGAGAAACCAUACAAGUGUUCACACUGUGGAAAGAGUUUCACUCAGUCAGAAAACCUGAAAUUACACAAUAGAAUUCAUACUGGAGAGAAACCAUACAAGUGCUCACACUGUGAAAAGAGUUUCACUGUGGCACAAAGCUUGAAAUCACACAAUAGAAUUCAUACUGGAGAGAAACCUUACAAGUGCUCACACUGUGGAAAGAGUUUCACUCAGUCAGAAAACCUGAAAUUACACAAUAGAAUUCAUACUGGAGAGAAACCAUACAAGUGCUCACACUGUGGAAAGAGUUUCACUCAGUCAGUAAACCUGAAAAAACAUGAGAGAUUUCAUACUGGAGAGAAACCUUACAAGUGCUCACACUGUGAAAAGAGUUUCACUCAGUCAGAAAACCUGAAAUUACACAAUAGAACUCAUACUGGAGAGAAACCAUACAAGUGCUCACACUGUGGAAAGAGUUUCACUCAGUCAGUAAACCUGAAAAAACAUGAGAGAUUUCAUACUGGAGAGAAACCAUACAAGUGCUCACACUGUGAAAAGAGUUUCACUCGGUCAGAACACCUGAAAAGACAUGAGAGAAUUCAUACUGGAGAGAAACCAUACAAGUGCUCACACUGUGAAAAGAGUUUCACUGAGUCAAAAAACCUGAAAAGACAUGAGAGAAUUCAUACUGGAGAGAAACCAUACAAGUGUUCACACUGUGAAAAGAGUUUCACUCAGUCAGAAAACCUGAAAAGACAUGAGAGAAUUCAUACUGGAGAGAAACCAUACAAGUGUUCACACUGUGAAAAGAGUUUCACUGAGUCAAAAAACCUGAAAUCACACAAUAGAAUUCAUACUGGAGAGAAACCAUACAAGUGCUCACACUGUGAAAAGAGUUUCACACAGUCAAAAAACCUGAAAACACACGAGAGAAUUCAUACUGGAGCGAAACCUUACAAGUGCUCACACUGUGAAAAGAGUUUCACUCGGUCAGAAAACCUGAAAAGACACGAGAGAUUUCAUACUGGAGAGAAGCCUUACAAGUGCUCACACUGUGAAAAGAGUUUCACUGUGGCACAAAGCUUGAAAUCACACAAUAGAAUUCAUACUGGAGAGAAACCAUACAAGUGCUCACACUGUGAAAAGAGUUUCACUCAGUCAGUAAACUUGAAAAAACAUGAGAGAUUUCAUACUGGAGAGAAACCUUACAAGUGCUCACCCUGUGAAAAGAGUUGCACUGAGUCAAAAAACCUGAAAAUACACGAGAGAAUUCAUACUGGAGAGAAACCAUACAAGUGUUCACACUGUGGAAAGAGUUUCACUCGGUCAGAACACCUGAAAAGACAUGAGAGAAUUCAUACUGGAGAGAAACCAUACAAGUGCUCACACUGUGGAAAGAGAUUCACUGAGUCAAAAAACCUGAAAAUACAUGAGAGAAUUCAUACUGGAGAGAAACCAUACAAGUGCUCACACUGUGAAAAGAGUUUCACUCAGUCAGAAAACAUGAAAAGACAUGAGAGAAUUCAUACUGGAGAGAAACCAUACAAGUGCUCACACUGUGAAAAGAGUUUCACUGAGUCAAAAAACCUGAAAUCACACAAUAGAUUUCAUACUGGAGAGAAACCAUACAAGUGCUCACACUGUGAAAAGAGUUUCACUCAGUCAGUAAACCUGAAAACACACAAGAGAAUUCAUACUGGAGAGAAACCUUACAAGGGCUCACACUGUGAAAAGAGUUUCACACAGUCACAUCAACUGAAAACACAUGAGAGAAUUCAUAAUGGAGAAUAACCUUACAAGUGCUCACACUGUAGCCUUUAGCCUCCUCGUUAGUAGUUUGAAAGGCAGCCAAAAACCAAGUGGUAGAGAUCAAGAGUGAGUUCUUGAAGGGACAGGCUGAGGUCAUUAUCUAGGAAGGCAAUGAGAGUUAGGCGAGCAGGACCAAAGGGGCUGAGGCAGGAGACAAAGCCAUGGUAGAGUCGGACAAAGGACAGAAUCCGUCAAACUAGACAAGGCAGGCCGAAAGACAGACAGACAAAGAUCAAAAUAGAGAGCAAAAACUUUCAGGACUGACUAAGCAAACAGCACAAGACAGCAUCUAUCAUGAGGCAGCAGACAAUAAAUCUGGCGUGAGACAGCAGAGGGGGAAUAAUUAGGAAGCAAACUAAUCAAGGGAAGGUGGUACAGAUUACAAGCAGCUGCAAUAAUAAGGGUUAAGCAAAUCAGCAGGAGGAUUGUGGGAGCAAAUGUGAUCGCAGUCAUAUGGAGCGUAGCAUGAUUGUUGGUGCUAGAUUGGCAUUUUUUUGUAUUUCUGUAACUGCUGAUCUCCUGGGAUAUUUAUGCACAACAGUCUCUAGAAUUUACUCUUUAAAAAAUUUCCAGUGAGCGGGAGUUCUGUGGAUGAAAAUUGUGGUGAGAAGAAUAUCAUCUCAGACACCUCAGUGGUGUGGUCUAAAGCACAUAACUGGUAAUCAGAAAGGCACUGGUUUGAUCCCCACUGCCACCACCAUUGUGUCCUUGAGCAAGGCACUUAACUCCAGGUUGCUCCGGCGGGAUUGUCCCUGUAAUAACUGCACUGUAAGUCGCUUUGGAUAAAAGUGUCAGCCAAAUGCACAAAUGUAAUGUAAAAUGCAUAAAUACAGUACAUUUGAUUGAAUAAGAUGAGAUAAAAUGCGCUCACCCAAAUGUUGCUGGUUUAUGUUUUGGAGAAGAGUGUAAAUGAACUAUUGACAGAAAAGCUUAAACAUGCGCGCUCCUCCAGAACUGGACCACGGACUGCUGAUGCUGGUGCACGUGUUGAGUGUUGUUAAACUCACUGCUGACUUUUUUUUGCAGAAAGUGCUUGGACAUUUUAUCAAAAUCAUUUGGAAGGUCAGUUGAAAGUGACUGACUGGCGUCAUCUAAUCUCUAACUUCGUGCCGGGAGAGUCUGAGAAGUGGCGGUACACAAGAUUAACUGCCAGUACUCUGUAAAAUAUAGAAGUGCAGCUACUGAGUACUGCUGCUUUUAUCAGAAUUGUUUCAGAUGCAGGUUGUAGAUUUAAUUGACACAAGUAGAGACUGCUGACAUACCAAAAGUUUAGACAUUUUAUGAUUAACAUUUUCUGAGUAAAUAAAAUCUAAAAGAAAUUUCAAUAGAAAUAGAAGUCUGGUCACUUCAGAUUUUCUUGUAUAAUGCAACAAUAUAUUAUUUUUAAGUUGAUCAACAGCAGGACUGAUUAAUCAGAUGUUGGUAUUUUAAACACUCCAGUCCAGCAGGAGGCGGAAAUUCACCGGAAGUUGUUUUGUGUUUGACAUUAUUUGUGAUAAUUUUAUUUAGUUUGAUGUUUAUUUUUCUGUGAAUGUUGUUUUUAAUGUCUUUGUCUUUUUAA